GCGGAAGCGGCGGUGCCGGGAUGGUGCCCCCCUCGAAGGAGCAGCGCCGGGGGGCUGGGGAGGCCCCGGGGGGACCCCAGGCGAGACCCCCGCGGCGGAGCUGGCGGGUGCUGGCCGAGAGGAACCAGAGCGCGGCCCCCGUGGGCGUGUGGGUGGAGAGUGCCCCGGGGCAGCCCGAGCAGAGCCCGGCCUUCGCUUCAGUAUUCGAGGUGGAGGAGGAGCUGAAGGAGCAGCAGCGGCAGAAGGCAGCCAAGCUGAGGAGGUUCCAGGGCGAGGUGAGGCAGCGGGUGAACCGGCAGGUCAGGAUGCGCCGGCGGCAGGAGCUGCAGAAGUCCCACGAAGCGGUGGAGCGGGAGAGCUGUGCUGCCGUGCAGUACUGGACCUCCUGGAGGAAUGCGUGCCCCUUCCGGAGCCACCGCCCUCCCAUCAUCUGUGGCCCUGGUGCUGGCUCCAGCCCGGCCCCGUGGGAGGGGACACACGGAGAGCCAUUCCAGCAGCAAGCUGCCGAGCUCAGCAAGGCUGUGAGGCAGGUGCGGCGCAGGCUGGCGUCCCGCAGGACCGUGUCCCCUGGGGCCGAGCCCCCCGAGCUCCCCGGCGGCGGCUGGAGGCGGGAGAAACCACAGCCUUGCCCGGCAGCCGCAGUGCCCACAGAGGGCGAGGGCGAGGAACUGCUGCUGGAGGGACACCACGAUCUGCCCGCUGAGCUGCAGGAGCGAGGUACAGCCCCGAGUUGGACCGGGCAGGACGAUGACUUCUACAUCAAAAUUGAAUUCGAAAAAGUCUGUGAUGGGUUGGUGGAGGACUCGAGCCUGCCUGAGCCUCCCCGGAGGCCACACACUGAUUACCACCCUUCCCUCCUGCGCUGGGCUGGUGUUGAUGAGGAGGAAACCAGGAAGCAGCGGCAGAGCGAGUUCCUGCGGUGCCGGCGCCUCUUCAUGGCCAUCGAGCGGGAGCGAGUGAAGGACCAGCAGCAGCAGCGAGAGAGGCAGCAGAGAGUUGCCCAGAUGAAGAGGCAGAAGGAGAAUCAGCGCCGGGUGGAGGAGCAGAGGAUGCGGGACUUGGCCGAGCAGCGAAAACCCUCCCUUGGAGAGGGAGCCUGGGAAGCCCUGGCCCAGCUGCAGCUGGAGGAGAGGAGGGUGAAGGACAGGCAGCAGCGGGAUAAGGAACAGGCGAGGUACGUUGAAGCUCUGAGAGCCCAGAUGAGGGAGAAGAUCAAAGCCUGCAACAUCGACCUGCCCCCGCUGUGUUCCUGUGGGUCCGAGUUCUGGGAUUCCCACCCGGAUACCUGCGCCAACAACUGCGUCUUCUACAAAAACCGCAAAGCCUACAGCCAGGCACUGCACUCCGUGAUCUCCUCCUGUGCCCACACGGCCACGCAGCCGCUCCAAGAACUGGCUGCUCUCUGCGCCCGCUCAGGGAAGCGUCUGUGACUGGGGCAGCCUCGUGUCCCCCUCCCCAUAUCCCCGAGACUGGUGUGAGCAGGGAGCAGGGCUGGGCCCUGUCCUGCCUGUCCCUCCAUGUCAGCUGCCAGGAUGGUGUCACCUUUGCUCUCCUGCUUUGUGUGCCCAGUUUGAGCUGGCCUCUCCCACUCUGCUCCAGGGGAUCACUCUGUGGCAGGUUUAUGAGCAGGCACUUGAAUUCCAGCAUUCAGCUGCAGAAUAAACUGUUUUCAAGGAUUGUUUGUCUCUCUUGGAGUGUGAAAGAAGGAGAAACGAGGUGCCAAGGGUCAGUAUCUCUUAGGGGAGGGUUCCUUUCCUCUCCCUUUCCCUAGGGCUCCUGCCAACCUUUGCUAGUUGGAUCACCCUCUAGAACCAGGUAUUUAUUGUUCCUUCCUUCUUUUCCAUGCAAGGUUUCCCCCCCAGCGUCGCACCGGACCCACGCUCCCACAGCCUCUAUUUUGCUCCGGAAAGGAGCAUUUUCCUAGUUAAAAAAACAACCCUGCAGUCCUUUGCAGGGGUGACAAGAGCAGUGUGGGUUUUCCCAAAACUGCCUGUGGUGGGGUAACACGUUCCUAGGCGGAGGUUGCUCCAUACCCUGUCAUUAAUAUUUACUCCUCGCUGGCCGCCCUCUCCAAUAUUAACUGCAGCCAGGAAGGAUGGGCGGCCGAGCGUGCCGGAUCAUUUCUCUUCCCUGUUCCCACCCCGUGGGGCGUGAAGCAAACCCACGACCCUAGGCCGGAGGUAGCGUGGAGGUGCAGAGCCAGGGGAUGCUCCUCAGUUCCCCCUGGAGAAUCAUUCACCGAGGGGUCCGUGGCGGCCGAUGCUGUUUAUUAACUGCCGCUUGCGUCAGGGGAAGGUGCUGCAGCUCUAAUGCGGGGUGUUGGAGUGGGUUUGGAAAGGGCAGGAUCUGCCCCUGGAGGGCCAAGGGAAGCAAAAGGCUAGAGCUGCAAAUGGGUUUUUUGUAACUGACUUCAGUUCUGGGGCAGCUGAGGACAAGAGGUUCCUUGGCUGGUCCCCAAGGUCUUGCUCAGGUCCUCGGGACCCCUGUUCCUCCCUCUCUGGAAGGAUCCUCAAGGGGCAUUGGGCUGAUUUGUGGCUUAAUUAAAGGAACGAUGGUUAAAUAAAGUUAUUCCUGCUCCUCA